UGGCUGGCAUCCCGCUCCACCUGCCACUGUGCCGCCGGCACCCACGGCCGCGCUGCCCAGCGGGCUCUGCUCCGCAGCCACAGGAAAACCCAGGGCUCCGGGGGCCCAGCCCGGUGCCGGGGUGCCCGCUCGCCCGGUGGCAUGGACACAUGGACCCGGCGCGGCGCUGCCUUCGACUGCGUGCCGCAGCCCGCAGCCUGCUGCCCUGACUGGAUGGCGGAGCUCCCCGACGCCCUGCCCCUCUCCCGCCUCUCCAUCCCGGGCACCCACGACUCCCUCAGCCUGUUCGGCGGCCGGCGCCUGCGGUGCCAGAGCUGGGGCCUGGAGGCGCAGCUGGCGGCCGGCAUCCGCUUCUUGGACGUGCGCUGCAAGCUGUGGCGGGGCGAGCUGCGCAUCUACCACCUGUGCACCUUCCAGCGGGCCAGCCUGCGGGGCGUGCUGCGCCGCACCCUGCGCUUCCUCCGCGCCCACCCCGGCGAGGCCGUGCUGAUGCGCAUCAAGGAGGAGCUGCCCAUCUUCUCCCGGCCCGGCUUCGCCGCCCAGCUGCACCGCUGCCUGCUGGAGGAGGGCCAGGGCUGCGUGUGGUGCCGCGAGGAGGUGCCCACGCUGGGCCAGGUGCGCGGCAAGAUCGUGGUGCUGGAGGCGCUGGCGCGGGAGGUGCUGGGCAUCCCCUACGAGCAGCUGAGCAUCAGCGACGCCUGGAACGUGCUCUCGCUGGAGCGCAAGUGGGCCCGGGUGCGGCGGCACCUGGAGAAGGCGGCCGGCGGAGACCCCAGCACCAUGUUCCUCACCUUCUGCUCCGGCAACGGGCUCUUCACGUACCCCGAGCAGGUGGCCCGCUUCGUGAACCCGCGCUGCUGCCAGCACCUGCGGCGCCGGGCCGGGCAGCCCGUGCGCUGGGGAGUGGUCAUCAUGGACUUCCCCGGCUCGGGCCUCCUCCGCCUCAUCGUGGCGAGCAAUGGACAGGGCACGGCGGCCCCCGGCACGGCCAGGCUCCCGUGGCGGCACCCCCGCGGCACAGCGGCCAGACGGCGCGGCCAGCGCAGCUCUGCGCGCUGCCCCUCGGCAAGGACGCUGCCCCCGGCCCCGCGCCUCUGCCGGGCCGCCUCAGCGCCUGGCGGGCAGAAGCGGCUGGCUAGGGCUUGCAGGACAGGGAGCCUCCGUGGGACAGCGGUGUGACAGCCGCAGAGGCGGCGGAGGAGCCGGGCAGCCCCUCUCCGAGGAGCCAGGUACGGUGCCGGUGCGGGGCUGCGCCGCCUGAGUCCCGCGGGGUGGGUGGGGGAAAACGUCCUGCCUCACCUCCUGUCGGGCCACUGAGGCCUCCCCAGAUGCCUCUCUGCAAAACAGUCCUUCUACUUAAGGGUAAAUAAAAUAAAA